CCGCAGUUUUUUGAAUUAUAUUGUAACCGAACUUUACCGUAAAAUGUCAGGGGUAGCAAACUUAAAACACGUUUUCGGUUAUCGUACAGGAAUAUCAGGCUCUGUAGUAUUUUCAGAUGAACAGACAAUAGUUUAUCCAUGCGGAUCGAACUUAGUUUUAUAUAAUAUUGAACAAAAAUCACAGAAGUUUAUAGCAGGUUUGGAAAAGUCACAGGGGAUGACAGCAAUUGCCAUAAGUCCAAAUAGAAGAUACCUUGCCCUUGCUGAAAAAACUUUGGAUAAGCCUGUUGUCACUAUAUACGAUUUACAAGCCCUGCGCAAGAAGAAAACCUUGCAUACUUCAGACGUUCACUCCAGUGAAUUUGUUAGUGUGGCUUUCUCUCCGGACUCAAAGUACCUUGCAGUUCAGGGUGGGCAUCCAGACUGGAUACUAACAUAUUGGUCUUGGGAAAAGCCUAAGCAACUUGCUAGCAUCAGGACUUCUGUAUCUAACCCAGUCAAACAGAUUUCAUUUAGUCCUCACGACUGCACGUUAAUAUGUGUUGUUGGUACUGACAUUUUUCGUCUGUACCGAUAUGGUGAAAACAACCUCAAAACAUACGGUUUAAUCAAGGUAGAACUUCAUAACUUCCUUUGUCACACCUGGAUUAACGAUGAAAAAAUUGUCGUCGGAACAGAAGAUGGACGUUGGAUUUUGAUAGAGAAUGGUGAACCAAAGAUAGAAUAUCAACUCACUACUACGGAUGAAGCAGAUAAUAAAGGUGGUAAUCACGAAGGAAAAGAUAUUGAAGAGGUUAGCACGAAAGUUAAAAAUAGUAUAACUGCAUUGGCAUCAACAUCAAAAGGUUUAGCUGUAGCCUGUUCACCUGGUUUAGUUCAUUGGUUUGAACAUGUUGAUCCGAAUAGCUCACCUCGUCAUUACUCCCAGCAGCAGCAACAACAACAACAACGUCAAAGUGAUGCAAAAUACCAGCAAAAGGAUUCCCUCAGUUUUACCGCAGGAAAAGCAUCAAUAAGUAGUCAAGUUAUUCGAUAUCCUUCAGUAUCAGUGACAGGUGGGGUAAUACUGGGUGGUGCUACAGAAGCAGUGGCGACAACAACAACAGGAUCAGUAUCAUCGAGAGAUGAAUAUAGACUACUGCGUAGUAUUCAUAUCCCAUACGAUCCAACUAUCAGUAUAGAUAGUGAAUUUAAUGCUGGUCAAAAUAUUACUCAACUUGUAAUUAGUCCAUCAGAAGAUUUUAUUAUAGCUACAACUGAUACGCAUCAGAUAUAUCAAUUCAAUUUAAAUAGUGUUGAUCUUAGUAUAAAAGGCGGUGAUUUAGUUAGUAGGAAGAAUUUAGUGAAUGCUGUAGUCAGAGGACAAAAUUUACCUAAAGAUCAAAUGAUAUUUGAACCAGUAUCACAGUCAUUUCAUAAUGGACAAAUAUUAGGCAUGGAUGUUUGUAUGCGUAAACCGCUAAUAGCUACUUGUGCAACUGACAGAACAGUUCGAAUAUGGAAUUAUGAAACAAAUGAUUUAGAAUUAACUAAACAAUUUGCUGAAGAAGCAUUCAGUAUUGCACUUCAUCCAUCUGGUUUAUAUGUUCUAGUCGGUUUCAGUGAUAAAUUACGUUUAAUGAAUAUACUUAUUGAUGAUAUAAGAACAUUUCAUGAAUUUACAAUACGUGGAUGUCGCGAGUGUGCAUUUAGCAAUGGUGGCCACUUAUUAGCAGCAGUCAAUGGAAAUGUAAUACAAAUUUAUUCUGUAACAACAUUUGAAAAUGUCACUAAUUUAAAAGGACAUAAUGGAAAAAUUCGUUCAAUUGUUUGGUCAGAUGAUGAUAAUAAAUUAAUUUCAUGCGGUAUGGAUGGAGCUGUUUAUGAAUGGGAUCCACAGAAAGGGACAAGAAUUAAUGAAAGUGUGCUCAAAGCUUGUGGUUAUACAAGUGUCACUGUUUCACAAGAUGCUAAAACUCUCUAUGCUGUUGGUUCAGAUAAGACAUUGAAAGAAAUAAGUGAUUCACAGGUGAGCAAUCUCAAAAUGCUAACAGAAAAAAAAUCUAUAUUACUGUUUGAAUUUCAUCAUGAUAAAGACGAGUUCUGGAACUCAUUUAAACAAAAGUAA